AAUCGUUAAAAUACGAAGUUAAAUGACGUACCCAAGGUGUGUAGCGCAGGCUCGCUCUAACAUGGUGUCUUACCAACAUGCCGCCGAAGAAGAAGGGACAAGACCAAGGCAAUAAAAAAACUGUUAACAAACAGAAAGAAAAGAUUAUUGAGGUAUUUUUUCAAGUAGAUUUAUAAUAUAUAUUUUCAAGAUUGUGGUAGUUCUUACACUGAGUCGCCACGGGCUGUAAAUUAGUGCUGAAAUAGUAUCAAAUAUGUAUGUGUUCAAAAAGUUAUUAAAGGUAUAUUAAUUUUAUAAUUACGUAUGUAUUAAAGCAUGUUCAUUCAUUCAAAUAUUUUAUAUGUCCAGAUAUAUACGUGUUUACUUUGUGGUUGUUGUACAAUGCCAUUUUAUUGCUAGUGUUGUACAAUAAAAACAAAAUUUUGAACAAUUUGAAAAAGUAUAAGAAAUGGCAAAAAAUUAUCAUAUGUUGCCCAGUUUUCGGACACAAGUAUGACGGGUUCUAACGAUCUCUAAUCUGAUCAGCCAAUCACAUUCAACUAGCUUUAAACUGAAUGCCCAAGCUAAUUGAGAAAAUAUGUAUCAGAAAAUAUGUUAAACUCCGGUUAUUUCAUUACAAUCCUCAUAAAACUUCAGGCAAACUUUCAAGUCCCCCCCCCCUGAAAGGAUUGGCCCUGUAAUGACUGCACUUGUAUGAGGGCCCCCUAUUCCUCUUCAUAAUAUGCUUUCACGUAAAAAUAUUUUGCCUUUUCACGAGUCACGGAUUAAGAAAAUCAUCGAUCACGUUUCACAGCUAAGUAAAAUAAGCCCUUCACGCAAAAAUUAUAGGGGGCCCGAUCACGUUUCACGGCUAAGUAAAAUAAGCGCUUCAUACAAAAAGUAUAGGGGGCCCUCUUGUAUGGUGCACAGCCUUUUAUUUGAUACUGGACUAUUAUAGACAGUGUUCGUAUUUGCUGCCCACCAAACUGCUUGCCCUUUGAUGUCCAGGGGACGGGUGUUCGAAUUCAAACUUUCAAACUAACAGCAUGUUCAUAAAUUUGGAAGUAGUUCUUCAGAAAUCUUGUCUGGAUCAGUAGGAGCUUUCUUCUCUGAAGUUUUGAAAUAAACUGACAUCCAGAAAUACAUAAACUAUAAAACAGCAGGUUAAAUUUUAACCCAGGGGUUAGCGCUAAUUCAGCUUGGCAAAACUGCUGGCGCAGAUAAAAUCUAUUCUUAAAUAUUUUGCAGGAUAGGACAUUUGGUUUGAAAAAUAAGAAAGGCAAAAAACAGCAACAAUAUGUCAAGAAUGUCACUCAACAGGUAAAACAUUAGUGAUUCAUUUGCUAUUCUCAGAGGUUCUCAAAAAAUCAUAACCUUCAUGGUUCUUAAAAAUUCUUCAGAAUAUUACCAGUCACAUCCCAGAAUUGAGUAAAUGGCAUUUCUGAGACACUAAAUUUAAUCCACCUCCCACCACCACCAUUACCCCCACCACCAUUACCCCCCACCACCACCAUUACCACCACCACCAUUACCCCCUCCCCAACACCCAUCCCCUAGAGGGUCCUUUCCAUCAUCACUCAUCCACAUAUACUUUUGUAUUUUCCAGGUCAAGUUUGGAGGCAAUGCUAGUGCCAGAAAGGUGAGGAUCUAUUUUUGUUUUAAUUCUUGUCUAUAAUAUGUUACCAUACAGUUCUUGCUCUCUUACAUUUUUAUCUACUUUUCUUUAUCUAGCUAGACACAGAUUCCAAGGUAUUAUACAGUAUGUUAUGAUAAGAUUCAUAAAACAACCUUUUCUAUGUUGUAACUGAGUUAAAUAGUUGUAGCAACUAGAUGAAAAUAAAAAUAUUCAGUAUGUUCAGAUGAGACCGGUACAAAGUCUCAAUUUAUUUCCCUUGCACGCCAUUUUCUUUUUACAGUGCUUUUGUGAGCAUGCAUUGUGCUGAAGCCAAGCAUACAGCAGAGACUGCUCUGGAAUGUAUUCAUUUUUACAUUCAUCCCGCUCCAAAUAGUUCUUUUGGUUCAGCAUGUACAAUGAUUUCAGACCAGUCUGAGCAAUUUUUCAUCCCAAUGUCAUGUAAACAUCUGUUAUAAAUAAUACUCUGACUGAAAUGAAAUCGUCCUGGUUUGACUUUAUCCCAGUCUCGUGUAAACGGGACCUGAUUGGUCGAGUGUUACUAAAGGAUGAACCUUGUGACAAUCACACAACUACAUAUUUGUCAUUUUUCAGAAAACGGAACAGGAAAAGAAAAAGAAGGAAACGGAAGAACUAAAUCAGCUUUUUAAACCUGUGGCCACAAAACUGUCGAAAGAUGCUGACCCAAAGUCGGUGGUAUGUGCGUAUUUCAAGCAGGGUCUGUGCGGGAAAGGCGACAAGUGCAAGUAUUCACAUGAUCUUACCCUCGAAAGGAAGGGAGAAAAGAGGAGUUUAUAUGUUGACUCCAGGGAUGACGAACUACAGAAAGGUAGCAAAAAAUCAUUUGGACUCUAUUGGGUCAUUCCAGAAAACAUCCACACCUCCCCCACGGAGGAAAUUAGGCGUGACCCCAUAUCCUCUACAGAUGUCCUAAUACACUUACUGUUAUCAGAAACUAAUUUUUCUCGCCUCCUGAUGGCAGAAAUUUCCUCCUUGGAGGCAGGGUGGAUUUUUUCUGGAACGACCCAAUACCAAAACUGCAGAUGCUUUCUCUCACCUGAAAAACAUGCCAUGUUUUUGGGUAAAAGCAUUUAUGCAUGUGACCACAUUUCUAUGAAUGACGACGUCUGAUUGGCUGCGAGGAAUUAUGCUGAGAUUGGCUGAUAAUAGUCCGACAUCCCAGCAGUGACAGGCGUGGAAAUGUAGUUGCAUUCUUCAAUGUUUUGACAUGAAAACAUAUCACAGUAUUUUCGGGUUGUGAGGAGUCAAGGACGUAUGCAUAGUUUUAGUAAUAACUGGGUUGUUGGAAGGUCUUAAAAGUGUCUAAACAUGAAGAUAUUUUUCUGUUUCUUCUCACAGAUACAAUGGACACUUGGGAUCAACAAAAAUUGGAAGAAGUUGUAGAAAAGAAGCAUGGCGAAAAAGAUACAAAGAACACAACUGAAAUUGUACGAUUACGUUACACUCCAAUGACUCCAUCUCUUUUUGCCUCUGUUUAUGGGAAGAUUCAAUCUGCUUUGUUUUUAGGUUGCAAUAAAAGCCGUUCUUCUCUUAUCGAUCCAGUGUUAUUACAGGAAGAAACCUAAACUAAACUAUCUUUAUUUGUACUGGUUCAUCAGUCUUAAACUCUUUUCCCUAAUGGUCCAGUAAGGGUCCUCUCGUAUUUAUUCAUUGUCACCACAGGAGGAAACCAGAAUAGCUUGCAGUGUUUAGAAGACUCAAUAGACAACUUGCAUGUUAGACUAAUUUUUGAUCUAGGCAAAAAAAGUAAAUUCCCGUAAAGAACUUAUUAAAAUUAGUAAAAUUGCAAAAUUUGGUUACGAAAUGUUGUAAAAUACGGAAAAUAUAGCCUUGCGAAGUUUGCAUAUUUUGUAUAUGUUUGUAUUACGUGCGGAAAUUGUUACCAUUUUUGAGCCGAAGCCAUUAUAUAUCUUGUCAUUUCUCUUCUCAAGGUAUGUAAAUAUUUCCUGGAAGCGAUAGACAAAGGUUUAUAUGGUUGGUUUUGGACGUGUCCAAAUGGUGGCGACAAAUGCAUCUAUCGUCACGCCUUACCUCCUGGAUUUGUCUUAAAGAAGAAAGAACAAAAGCAAGACAAAGAUGAAAUUUCGUUGGAGGAACUGAUCGAAAAGCAGCGAGCAAAAUUAGGAACGAAUUUAACAAAGAUUACUUUAGAAACGUUUACGACUUGGAAAAAAAGAAAGGUGGGUAGCAAUAUUGUAUAGAGGUGAUAGACAAUUCCCAUUAUAGACUAAUUUUAAAACUAGGCAAGGAGAUGCAAAUAAAUCACCACAGCUAGAAAGAGCAUACUAAAAUGAGUAAAAUUGCAAAGUUUGAUUGCGAAAUGUUGUAAAAUGCGGAGAAUAUAGCCUUGCAAAGUUUGCAAAUUUUCUACACUUUUGUAUUGCGUGCGGAAAUUCCUACCAUUUUCGGCCCAAAUGUGAUAAAGAAGUAAACGUUUUUCACGUUGAGGCAUCUUCUCAAUUCUCUAAAGUCUUGUUUCUCCAUCUAUGUAGUUAAAAGAAAAGAAAGAGACGUACGAAAGCGAAACGAACAAAAAGAAGGAAGCAUUUAAAAUGGGACGAAUUGUUGGAAAGGUACGGAUAUAUUUCUCUUUGAAAUAUUUAGUUUUUCUUAGGAAAAUUUUGAUUAAUCCUGGCGUUAGCUACAGUAUUUUGAUCUAUAUCUGAAACCUUUUGCUCAUAGAUAAGUGGAAGAGAAGUAUUUCAGUUUAGUCCAGAGCUUGUUGCUGAUGAUGUCGAUGAUGAAGAAGAGUCCUUCGAUAUUACGCAAUACAGACGAGAAGAGGUGAGGUGGGGGGUUAGGGGGGCAGUAGUCCCUAUGAAUUGUUUUGCAAGGAAAGUUACAACGGGUGUUGUUGUGCGUCUAGGAUGACGAUGAAGAAGCUGAUGAUACAAACGUGGUGGAUAUAUCUCUAGAUUCCUUCAAUACCCUCGAAUACAACGAAGCUGGCGCACCAACUACAAAUAAGGAAACCACACAACAGGUUUGUCCAGUGUAUUGAUUAGCACUCGUAUGUUGGCGAAAGGAACAGCACAAAGCAAGCAACUUAAAGAUGCCCAGCUUUUUGUGGCAAGGCAACUUGCCCAACCGGGCAAGCAAGAUAAAACGUUUACUUACCCGUCAUGAUAUUCACUUGUCCCGGGCAAGUGUUAAGUUACACCUCUGAUUGUGUAUCUUGUGUGUUUGUUUAGGAAAAGAACAUGGAUGCAGACGGACUCGCUAUGGCUUGCGCAGUCACGGCGGAUGAUACUGGGCAAUCUGGACCAACUAUAGACGGGAUACCAGUCGAUCAGAGUUUAUUUGAAGAUUUAGAUGAUCUGGAUUUGGAAGAUGAUAUGGUUGAAUAAAAUUCUCAGAACUCUAAAACUGUGGAACCAUAAAUUUCUCAGAAAUAUAAGCUGUCGAAUACCAUAUAGGACAUCGAAUAUAACACGCAAGCCGAAUGAAGUAGAAAUUGCUCACACAUUAAAUUACCCCACAACCCAGGCAUUAACUGACGACUCGCUCCCUACACAAAAGUAGAAAAAUGGAUAGUAUUCGCAAUUGGAUCAAGUGUAUCGCUGUCUCGGCUGAAAACGUGGUUAUUAAAUGUAGAGUUUUUACUAUCUUUAGUCUGCAAAGCAGGCGUUUGAUUCGAAGCGCGUGGCAGUGGUAUACUGUGUUCGUAUUAAUGAAUUUCUGAUACAAAGCACACAUGUAAAAAUCUCACAACUUGUCAACAAGAUUUGUUCGCAACAGGCUUGUAGCAAGCUUGUCAACAAGGUGUAACAAUGCUGUUAUUUUAUCAAGUUGCUGCAAGGCUGUCACUCGCAACUUGUUGGCAAAUUGUUGAAUUGCAGGACGAUAACAAGUUGUUGGAACAACUUGUAAGACGUCUGUUGAGCUCAACAGCCUUGUAGCAAGUUAUCAACAAGCUGGGAACAAGCCGUGCGAACACAUCCUUUUGACAAGUUGUUGGAACAGCAUUGCUACAAGUCUGCUGCAGGUUUGUUACAACUUGUGCGUUUUUACGCGUGUACAUGGAAAACGGGGCAUGUUUUGGGGGCUUUAUAAUAAAAACUGUUUGCUGUAUUUGGUCUUUUUGAGAUAAAGUGUGCUUA